CGGCGGCGGCCCCGCCCCCGGCGCAGCGGCCCGCAGCCAUGGCGGCGCCGCGCCCGGCGCUGGGCGCGCUGCCGCCGGAGCCGCCGCGGGUGCCCGAGACGCUGGUGCAGGGCAGCAAGUUCAUCCGCUGGGACGAGGAACCGGCCACCCGCACCUUGGUGACCCUCCGCGUCGACCCCGACGGCUUCUUCCUCUACUGGACCGGGCCCAGCAUGGAGGUGGAGCUGCUGGACAUGACGCUGGUGCGCGACACCCGCACGGGGCGCUACGCCCGGGUGCCCAAGGACCCCCGCACCCGCGAGGUGCUGGCUUCGGCGAGCCCGACGGGCGCCCCGAGCAGCGGCUGCUCACGGUGGUCCACGGUGCCGACCUGGUCAACGUGGCCUUCCUCAACUUCGUGGCCGUGCAGGACGCCGUCGCCCAGGUGUGGGCGGACGAACUCUUCAAGCUGGCGACCGACAUCCUGGCGCAGAACGUGUCCCGCAACGCCUGCCUGCAAAAAGCGUACACGAAGCUGAAGCUGCAGCUGAACCCUGAGGGCCGGAUCCCCGUCAAGAAGUGAGUGUGGGGGCCCCCCCUGGCCCCCCCAAAUCCG